AGUGACCAACGCCAUCCAUGCCAGACGUCGCAUCGUGAGCCGCUCCAGACAGCCCGCAGAAAGAUGACAUGUCUGCUUUCCCCCUUCUGCAAGCUCGACCGGCUGCCGGGAAUGUGUCGCACCAUAUAGACAACCACCCCUCGUCGGCCUCCCGUGAGCCCAGCCAGACACGCGGUCGCGCCCUGACGGCUUCCUCACGCACAAAAUCCCCGCGCUCACAGACGCCUGCCCUGGUCGUCGCCGCCACCACCAACACCAGCAGCAAUUCCAGCCCCGAUCGCACCUUGGGCACCCUCGAGCGCAAGCCCUCGGGCUCCUACGCCCACAACCGCAAUACGUCCAUUGUCCAUGGCAUACAGCACUCGAGGAACACCAGCUUCGUCAACUCGCCCGCCACCAGCCCGCUGAGCCCCCAAAUCAUCGCCGCCGCCGGGGCGACUCUCGAUGGAGCCGUCAUGUCGCAGGAGUCCAUAGCCGACGCCUUCAUGGCCAACGGAACACCGCCUGCCACCACCACCACGGCCAAUGAUGCCGCACUACCUCAGCGCAAGCCUGAACGGGCCCCCAGCGCCAGAUCUUCUCGAAAGGGUCACGUCCACCACCGCUCCCAGUCACGGCACCACCAGCAGGGCCACGAGCUCAAGACGGUCGGCGAGUAUGCCCUACACCACCUGUUCAAUGCCUUCAUCAGCCAGGCCGAACAGAAGAUCAACCAAUGCAUGACAGACAGAGGCCAGCCCGAGGCUAGGGUCGAGCUGGUCUGCGGACCUGGAGUCGACCCCAACUUUGAUCAGCUCAUAGCAGCCCUUGGCCAUAUCGCUCGCCAUAGGCCCAAGCCUCUCAUAGACACCAUCAUGCUGUGGCGGAAAGCCAAAAGCGAGGAGGCGUCCAAACAGCGAACCCAGCUACUCAAUGCCCGUCAAGGUACCUCGACGCCCCACCCCAUGCUGCCUCGUCGAAACACAGAGCCGCUACACCACCACAUGGACAAUUCCUCUACCUCGGUAGCCUCUGGCCCUGAGCACAUGCUCGUCCUGCAGCAAACCGUCACCCAGGCGGAACAGCGCUCCACCGUCUCCACGUACAUUCUCUGCCGCGUGCUCAUCGAAAUCAUGACCCAAACCGAUCUUCAAAAUCUCACCUUCGAGAUGGCCGAUCGUCUCCUGGGUUUGUUCUACGGACAGCUCAGCACGGUAGACCCCGACUUGGUAGAAAUAUCGCCGCUCAAUCUUGCCAAUUGGACCAUCUACAGCCAAUUGCUUGGAGUGCUGAGCGGACUCAUCUUUGAGCAAGUGCAAGAAAAGUUCAUCGCAGAUCUCAAAGUCACCGACAGUCACCUGUCCAUCAAAGGCCAGUAUAACCGAGAUCAUGAAGCCAAAGGGGCCCUGCUUAUCCGUGCUUUGCGCUAUCUAAAGGUAAAAUCCUACCCCGAGGAUGCAUGGGAGCGCACAUGCGACUUCAUGCUUUCUGCAGCAAAGUUGUUUACUACCGCCCACGGCCAGCCCAUCAAGUACGCCUACUGUCAGGUGUUGAAGGAACUGCUGCUACUCAUUGCCUCCAACGCUACAACCGAACUGAGCUCACCGAGAUGGAAACUCGUCAUCGACAUGAUGAAGCAACGCGCCGCCAUACUACUCGGCAAGCCGAAACACUGGCAUGAAGCAUUCCCACUAAUGACGGCGAUACUGUGCGCCUCUCCAACAGACAUAUUCCUAUCCCAGUGGCUCGCGCUUGCUUUGUCGACACAGCCAAGACUCAAAGAACGCGCAACUAGAGCUAUUGCCCUCCGAGGUAUCUGCCGGCUGGUAUGGACUUACCUGUACAGAAGAGGGACCGAACCGCCCAACAUUGCCGUGCGCCGCCUGGAGGAGAUCAUUCGGAUGGUAUUCCAACCAGGAAGACGAUCGUAUCUUUCGACCGAGUCCGCCAUUGCCGAACCAUUGAUACAGCUCACUCGAAUCAUCGGUUUCAAAUACCAGGACCUUUGCUUCCGAACCAUCAUCUUCCCCUUGCUCAACUCCGAUAUGUUUACUUCAGGCCGAGAGCUUCGCGUUGAAAACUUGGAGCCGGAUCGCAUGGUGAUCGGCAUUCGUUCAUUUCUUGCCAUCAUGGCGGACUUGGAGAAUGCACAACAGCCACCGUUUCCCAUCACGUUCGAUUACGAUUCAAAUGCCCUCUCGUCCAAUAUACCGGCUCUCCCUACGAGCCCACGGCCUGCGCAACACUUGUCGUUAAAGUCCUCUUUACUCAAGGAAGAACGCCUCUCGCGACCUGUAAACUUUAGUGGAUUUGCCGAGGUCGCAAAGGAGUAUUAUGUCCGCUUCUGCAAGAUACUGGGUGAGAUUACCAUCAUCUGCGACAACGCAUUCGGGGGUCAGGCUGUUCUCGAUGAGAAAUUCUCUCUACAGACACCAAAGACUCCCAUGGCAGAAGCCUUUAGUUUCAGUCGUCGCGAGGAUCAUCAGCCUUCCACGGAUCCUCGACAAGGGUUCUAUCACCUACUGCAUGUCGCUGUGCAAGCGCUACCUCGCUGUUUGUCUCCGCACAUUCCCUUCAAUUCGCUCAUCAACCUACUGUGCACUGGAACCGCUCACGUUCAGGGAAACAUCGCUGUAUCCUCAGCGCAGUCGCUCAAGUCAAUAGCACGACAAUCACAUGCCCAGCAAGUCACCAUCGGCUUCGCUCGAUUUAUUUUUAAUUUCGACGACCGCUACGCAACCAUGUCGGAUGGGGGCAUGCUUGGUGCUGGUCAUAUCGAAAGUACGUUGAAGCUCUAUGUGGAGUUGCUGCACAUAUGGAUUGAAGAGAUUAAACAAAAGACGCGCAAAGCCGCAUUAGAUACACCCGAUGAUGGAUCUGGUAAUCGAGCCGUCCAGCUCGACCUGUCAUCAGUCUGGGCUCACGUUGAUGAGGUCGAGUCCCAUGGUCUAUUCUUUCUGUGUUCGCCCUCACGCCGGGUGCGGUCUUAUGCGGUCACUGUCCUGCGCCUAAUCACCGAGUUCGAUACAGCACUGGGCGGUUCCAACACACGCGUCAUUCGUGUCAUGGAAGGGAGCCCCCAAAAAGUCUUGGACAUCAGCGACGAGAAGCUGUCUCUUGCUGAACGAAGUCGUCUUCAGCGUGGAAUGCGGAAAAGUAACGUGCAAAGCACGCUCGUUGAGCUCUGCAGUAGCGAUGUACCGUAUGACUCGACACUUUGGUUCAAAAUCUUCCCUAAUCUAGUCCGCAUAAGCUUUGAAGUUUGUGUUGUCGCUGUUACGCUCACUCGAGACAUUGUAUGCGCCAGACUCUCGCAGAUGCAUCGGACCUUACUCUCGCUUGCCGAAGGCCAUCGCGCGACUCCAUAUUCGCCAUUCGAGCCUACCAGUAGCAAGUUUAGCGGUCGUCUGGCUUCCACCUCACCAGAGAUCGUAGUUGAACAAUGGAAGCUCUAUCUUAUAUUUGCCUUUACGACAUUGACAAACCUCGGUCCGAGCGCCUUGGCUGCCGCGCAGAGUCAACUGGCACAUUCCAGAAAGAGCUCCAAGUCGUCGCAAAAAAGUGCAAACAAGUUGCACACAGCCACGGAGCUAUUUGCCAAGGUUCUUCCGUUAUUGUCUGUGGACAACACUGCCAUACGAGACGCCGCUGUUGUUGGUCUCGGAUCCGUAAACCUCAAUUUGUAUCGUACGCUACUUGAAUCGCUUCAGGGCAUUGUGGCAGCAUGCGCUGAAGAGGCCAAAACACGAUUGGGGACUCACAAUCGGAAUAUCAGCAGCCCGCGCAUCAGCAACUAUCGUACAGACCAUCUUCGGACCGAAAUCACUCACGUCUACAAGUUGACGUCCCAGUUUUUGAAGCUGCCCGAGGCUUACAACGAUGAGUGGAUUGUGAAUAAUCUCAUGAACUACACCAAGGAUCUCAGGAUCUUCCUCAGUGACACUGAAGUGCAGAUGGAGGGGAAAUUCUUAAAGCUUCGUACACAUUAUUGUGGCUUAGUUGAAGUCUUGUUCGAGGGUAUAAAUAAAACGAGUGACCCACUUCAGUGGAUGCCGUUUCAAGCGCGCAAGGCAGCUUUUACCCUAAUGGAGGAGUGGUGUGGCUAUUCAUCAAAUCAACCUCAAAUCCGUCAACGCGAGGAGCACAUGCGUCGCUCCAUGUUGGAUCGGGAACUCGACAUGGGCAACAAGGGCAUUGCAACGGCGGCCCACGAGAUCGAGAAACGAGACCUUCGGACUGCAGCCCUGAGUGCCAUGGCGGCACUAUGUGGUGGACCCGUCAGUAUCACGACAGAUAGCAAGGUCUUGCUCCAAUUUGAUGUUCGGCGCAUGCUCUCCUGGAUGGACAGCAUCUUUGAGACACCCAGCGACCGCACGCACGCAAUCGGCCGCCGAGCUCUAACGAAUCUCAUUCUACAUAACCGUGAGCACCCGUAUCUGUUGGAUCGAGCCAUUGAGAUGUGCUAUCUCUCUAAAUCCGCCAAAGCUCUCGAGAGUUACUUUGAGGUGGUCACACAAGUACUGACGCAGCGCGAAGACUACACACUGCCAUUCUGGAAAGUUGUUAGUGCAGGGCUGUAUACCCUAGGGCACGAGAACAGUGAAAUACGCAUGAAGUCAGCUCGGCUGUUGAGAACUCUCGAAGCCAGGGAACAGAAAAACUCAAAGUUACAGGACCUUGACAUUAGCAUAUCGGACAAGACAAUCGCCGUCUACAAGCUUGCGCAGUUCGAGUCCUCACGCAGGCUUGCCAAACAACACUCGGAACUCGCGUUUCUGGUCUUCUCGCAAUUCUCUUACUACUUCAAAGAGCUACAGCCUGACCACCAGCGAAACAUGGUCGCCGCAAUGUUACCCUGGGUGCAGACUGUCGAACUCCAAGUGAACCCCGACGGAGGACCGACCGCCAAUUCUUACAUGCUUCUUGUGAAUCUCUUCGAGAUCACGGUUCGCAGCGGGAAUGCUUUGCAUAACGAGAUACAAGCUCUUUGGCAAGCACUGGCAACGGGACCAUACGGUGGUAACGUCCAGCUAAUCUUGAACUUUAUCAUCAACCUCUGCCUAGAUAAGCGGGAGCAGAACUACGUCGACUUUUCGAAACAGAUUGUAGUCCACCUGUCCAGUACGCCAGCUGGGCUUAAAGUGGUGGAGUUUCUACUCAUGCAAAUCAACCCACGGUCUAUGGUCAGCGAAAAGCGCGAGCCAAUACCGCCUCCACCGGACGCUGUCAACCUUCCAUAUCUUGCUGACCUUGGCGCUCUGCUCCCAAGCAGCAACAAGCAGUCCGGUUUUGCCUUGGGACAGAUCUGUCUGAUCCUACUCGUUGAUCUCAUGGUUUCUCCUGUUCAGGUUGCUAACGAGCACAUCCCGCUACUACUACAAGUCAUUCUUGUGCUUUGGGAUCAUUACACGCCUGUGGUUCAAGACCAGGCCAGAGAGAUGCUUGUACAUCUUAUCCAUGAACUAGUCAUUUCCAAGAUUGAAGAUCACACCUCAAGCAUCGAUAAGAGAUCCAUUGAAGACUUUGUUGAGAGUGUUCGACAACACGAUGCGAAGGUUGUAUGGAGUUAUGAUGAUAAGAAUGGCAAAGACGCAGAAGACCCUAGCUCAAAGGUGCCAGAAUCGAUGGAGUACGUCUCCAGCGAGGUGCUGAAGUUCUUUUCACUUGCCUACCCUGGGCUGAGAGAAGCAUGGGGGAGAGUAGCGCUGAACUGGGCCACAUCGUGUCCCGUUCGUCAUCUAGCAUGCCGGUCAUUCCAGCUCUUUCGGUGCGUCCUUAGCUCUCUCGAUCAGCAGAUGUUGUCAGAUAUGCUUGCGAGAUUAUCAAACACCAUCUCGGAUGAAGAAAGCGACAUUCAGACCUUCUCGAUGGAGAUUCUGACGACGCUGAGAGCAAUCAUCGAAGCGCUUGCGCCGGAGGAUCUCAUUCAAUAUCCUCAGCUAUUUUGGACAACUUGUGCUUGCUUGGACACCAUACAUGAAGGCGAGUUCAUGGAAAGUCUUCUCAUGCUAGACAAGUUUCUAGACAAGCUGGACCUCGGUGACCCUGAUGUCUUACAAAUUUUGGAAGACAGCUGCCCGGAUAAAUGGGAAGGCAAGUUCGAAGGCCUCGCCCAACUGACUUACAAAGGCAUCCGUUCGAGCGUAUGCUUAGACCGAUCGCUACGAAUCCUUGAGAGACUGGUCAUUCUGCCUUCUAGUCGUAUAGUAGGCGAUGACAGUCGGCUCGUGUACACCAUCCUCGCAAACUUGCCAAGAUUUCUUCGAUCGUUUGAUCCAGCAACAAAGGACCCCAGUAUAAGGACCAGCGCCGAGGUACUCGCACGCGUCGCGGGAGAGCAGUACCAGUGUACUGCGCUUGCAGAUGCCUUGACAGCCCUUGCAAUGAAGAGAUAUCGUCAAGAGAAAGACUUCCUCGCGCAAACAAUGACCGCCAUCCGAUCAGCGUUCUUCCCGGACCUUGAGUUCGGAAGUCUUGUGUUCCUGCUCAGUCUGUUGACGAACAAGAAUGCUUGGGUAAAGAUCAACACGAUGGAAGUGCUCUAUGUGCUGUUACCCGAGAUCGAUAUGCGAAAGCCGGAGAUAGCCUACAAGGGACCCGAUCUCAUCUCGCCUCUACUACGGUUGCUACAAAGCGAGUUCUGCCCGCAGGCUCUGCGAGUUCUAGAUUUUGUCAUCAAUCUAAAUAUGACAGGCAGCACACCUACGCCUUUUGAAAAGCAACACAUGCGUAUGAGCAUGGCAGGAUCUCAUUCAACUAGAGGGUACAAAAAGCAGUUCGAGAAGACGCAGUCGCUGUAUGGCAUUCCUGAAGAAAGCGGCUGGUCGAUACCGAUGCCUGCUCACCACUCGCAUCUGACAAGAGCCAAUGUGCACGCUGUUUUCUACACAUGCGGAAACCUGGAUGACGGCGAGGCGCCGGACACAGAAACACCAAAAAUUGAGUUUCGACACGAAGAAUUUCCUUUUAGCCCGCUAUCAGACUAUCGAACAGCUACCAUGACGUCUGAGGACACCCGCGGUGACAGUCAUAUUGGGGAGCUAGUCAUGAAGCUCGAUAGCCUGGAUGACUUCUUCGAAGACGAUGAUGACGCUGAGACACUGACUGAUCUACCGAACUUCAGCUCCUCUGGACGUUACAUGAACGGGCCCUACGCGCACGACAUGCGAGAAAAUCUCUACGACCAGCACACAGCACCAAUUCUACACAAGUCGCUAACGCGAAAUGCCAGCGUGACCUCGUUCCAAUCUGGCUUCAUCUCGGACCCAAAAGUCUCGCCAGCUCGAGACCCUGGCGUAAUGACACCAGGAGCAUUCAGCUCCUUCGCCUCCUCGACAACCGCCCUCCCACCAACAAGCAACAUAGCAGGUCGCCCAGGCCUCCAUUCCCGGUCCGUAACCUCGCCCUCCGCUCCCAAUCAAAUGCAGCGCGUGUCGCCCUCGCUUUCCAGCACCGCCCUCGAUGAGCAUGGUGAGCCCUUUUCCGAUGACGAGUAUGUUUCUGGACGCAACAAUAGCGCGGACAAGUCGUUUGGGUUUGAGACCGUCAUCAAGCCUGCGGCGCACGACACCAGGAGUAGAUUUCGAAGCGGUAUGAGGAGGCUGACGGGUGGAGGUGGCGACGCGAAGGAUGGAGUGAAGACAAGGGAGGCGAUUAAGCUGGCCUUGCAGAAGAGCCCACAGGUGCCAAAGGUACCGGAUAUCUAUUUGGUGAACCCUAAGAGCGCGGACCUCUAAUCCUUGACCUCGACGCGCUGCAACAUCGCUUUGCGAUGGUAACGCUGUUGUCUGUUUGGUCGAUACAUGACGCUCAUGGCGUUGUGAAGAUGUAAUAAUAUUGCUAUGGAUGUAUACGAAAGAAAAAAGAUAGAAGCCGCGAUGGAAAUGUGGAGUUUGAUAUAGAGGAUACUAUCCUAGGGAACCGGCGCUUUUUUGCAGCAUGUAUGGGUAAGAUACCAACGCUCUUUACGCGAGAUACCAAAUCUUUAAUGCGAAUGGAAAUGGAAAUGGGUUAACAUUGUUCUCAUUCUAAUCUUCCUCCUUGGUUGAGGGUCUGAAAGCUUGAUAUUUGGACAUAAUGCUGCAAUGCUUGCUGCUUGAACUUACGAGAAAGGGUCCAUGCUUAUCUAGGCCAAAUAUACAGUUCCUCUACAAUGGGACCCCCGA